ACAACGAAACUAAAUUCGUAGCAAACUGAACGUGUUUUACUUUUGGUCGCCUUAAUACCGCGUUCGAGGCAACAACUCUUCAAGCCAAGUGUUCCAUAGUUUUAUUCGUUUAACACCAUCGCGCAGACCAGUAGAAUUCGAUAUUCUUUCUGCAUGGGGAAAUAAAAAAAAUUAUAUUGAUAUUGAGUGAAAUCUAAAGAAUAAUCAAGGUGUCCAAACACAUCCUCGGUUUUUAAACAAGAAAAGAGUACAAAAAAAACAACUCAAAAAGAGGUGAUUAAGUGAAUUGAUAAUUUGUUUGCUCAAUUGGCAUAAAAGAAAAUCCCAAAUAAAAAACUAAGACGUAAUAACAGAAAAUUUAACAAAAGCAUCACCUCCACUGGUGAACAACACCCAGUGGAACAACAAAAAGUGAUAUAAAGUAACAUUUACUAAAAAAGAAACAGAAAAGGAAUUUGCACAAGAAAUAAAAUUCCUCACCACAACAUCUUUGCCACGGAAAGCCACUUAGCUACCGCUACAAACACAUACGAGGAUUGACAAUCCAUAAUUUUUGAGGGAAGUUGCAUCUAAGACUCUUUGAAGAGCAAGUUUAGAGGUUCCCCUACAAUUUCAUUGUUCCUUUCAAACGGUGAAUUAAAACCAAGAUCAAAAUGGCAUUCAGCGUUGACAUUCAAUCCAGCCAAUCUCGGCCCCAAGCCAACCACAACAACAACAACCAACAACAAUCUUUACAAGAACGCAGCAAGAAACUUGCAACAAUUCCCGUCUACUAUCUCAUUAAGACGGGAAUCCGAUCAAUUGUCCAGACAAACUAUCCAAACUAUAACGAUAACGACAAGCUCGGAAAGUCCAGAAAGUAUAAUAUUGAUGAUACAGGAACCACAACACCCACUACCCAUGCAAACUAUACAAAAUCCAACCAAGUUACCCAUGAUUCGAAAGCCUGCAUUGCAAUCUUGUCCGGAGCCCAAGGCAACAUUGUCAACAAAUCAACCAUUGCAAACCAAGAAUCGAACCACAGUGUUAAAAAUACCAAAACAAACUUCGAAACCAAGAAUAUUUUUGCUUACCAGGCCUGCGAAUACGCAACUGGUUCGGAAAGCUUCUCCACAAAUAGCGGAAGUCCACCAGAAAAGUUCAAAUCUGGUGUCGGCUGCCCCAGAAAGUUCCCUGAGGGCAACGCCAAGGAUAAUAAGAAUACCCUUUUUGACCAAGUCUCAAAGCAACGUAAAGAUAAACACCAGUCCAGAGACCAAGAAUUCCCAGAAGUUCAGUCCAAGUCCCAGUACAAUACCUCUAAAGAAUUUAGACCAGUUGAUAAGUGUAAGCAAGAAUUGGACAGCGAAAUCAGAGCCCAAGUCGAAAGAUUCUUUAAUAAUCAAACAGGAGAUAAUUCAAUAUCCUCAUACCAAGGAUAUUUGCCAGGAAAGCGUCAAACAACCAAUACCAAUACAAGAAUAUACAGUGAGGCAGAAGCCAUCGUCGACAUUGGCAUCGAUGGCCGGCAUAGAGUUGACAGGUGCCGAUAUGUGCCCUACAGCAGCGGAUAUGAGUGGAGCAAUGCCGCCUACUGCUACAGUUGAAGAGAUAAAUGUUCCGGUAUUCAUAGAUGAGUACUUGCAGCAAGCCGCAAUAUCGACUUUGUCAGCAACAACUUCAAGCACUUCAGUUACAACAUCAAAUAUUAAUAACAGCAAUAGCAAUACCACCAACAACAACAACAAUAGCACUAUUAAUUACAACAACCGCUAUAACAGAAUUACUAGUGACAGUGGUAAAGAAAGCAGCAGUAGCAGUAACACUGAAGUGAAUCAUCAUUGCUUGGAUACCUUUGAAAAUUUUGAAUUCGAUAUUGAACUGUUGACGGAAAAUAAAAGCAAAGACCAGGACAAGGCAUCAACUGGGCAAUUGUUACAGAAACAAUUGUCAGCAGAUGAUAAACAUCAUCUAAAUCAAUCUACAACAACAAAUCUACUUGAUCAUCUUAUUCCCUACGAUAUUGAAGAAGGAACGGAUACGGAUACCGAAAAGCAAAAGCAGCAAUUGCAAAUGAUGCUGGAUGAAAUAUUAUUUGGCAACACAGAACAACAAAGUUGCUCUAACAACAACAACAACAACAACCCUCUUAAUAAUAAUAACAACAACUGUGCUACCCUUAACCCCAACACCAACUCCACUGCAAUGGAUUUUAAUAACGAUAAUUUCUUUGGUGACUGCAAUAGCGAUGACAUCUUUAAUUUUCCACCCACCAGCCAAAACUUAAACGAUGAUAAUUUAUUUUCUGAUGAUUUCGCUAGCAUUAAUUCAAGCAUUGAAGACGCUGUGGAUAUUAACCAUAUGGAUAAUGCUGGUAUACCUCUAAUGGAUUUUGAUCUGUCACAGUGUAGCUAUUCCAACAACUACAUGCAUUCGCAAUCGCCUGAUGUCAUGUUCCCAUGCGGUUCACAGGCAAUGGCAAAGCCUCAAACAUUGGCAGCAGCUCUUUCGCAAGAAAUUUUGGAAGCUGAGCCCCAUGUAGCCCCAGAUUUAAUUCAUGCAUCCACCUAUUCCAAUUGUGGUGUUGGCGAUGAUAAUGACAAUAACAAUGCACCAUCAAUUCCGAUUCAAGUUGAUUUUAUAGAUGGCCAUGAUAACUUGCAUGAAGAGACCGCAACAUGCAGUGAGACUUCAACUUCAACCUUGCAGCCUAUGGGUGGUGGAUGUGAGUCGCCAAAGUUGUUUAAUCCCUCGAAGAGUGAACGCAUGCAGGAGAAACGUUCUAAACUACAUUUGGACACCAAACGUCGCAGACGGAUGGACGAGAUCUCACCGAUGGAUACUCCAGGAAUUGUAAAUAUGUUAGAUGAGAUGAGAUUUUUCCAACAGCUAAUGUCUAGCUCUCCUUCGAACGAGGCCAAAGCAGAAAUCAAAUUUGAAAUAGAUGAGGUAUCAUUGGAAAAUGUUAAUGUGGAUGGUGGUGAAUCCAAUUCGAUAAUCAUAAAAUCUGAAGCCGAUCAUAGCAAUUUCUCCGAUGAUAUUUCUUCCUCCUGCACAACAUACAGCUGUAACUCCAACUCAAAUCAAACCAACUUUACCAACAUUUUGAAUGCUUCAUCACCCUGCUCGCCUACCUCCUCCUCCUGCGCCUCGACCAGCACCAAUACAAAACGAGGUCGUGGACGCCCCGCCAAAUUGCAUAGUGAUAUGCCCGAUUUAUCACAAAUCGCCCAUUUGUCCGAAACCGAACAAAAGAAGGUUUUGGAGAGAGCAAAGAAUAAUGAGGCCAGCCGCAAAUCUCGUUUGAAGAACAAACAGCGUGACAUUGAAAUGGAAAGGGAGGAACUUUGGCUCUCAGAGCAGAACAGAAAACUUGAGGAGGAAUAUCAAAGUAUAGAACAUAUGAGAAUGAAAUUUCAACGUGCCCUUAAACGUGUGCAUCUCAGAUUCUCACCAUAUUAAAAAAAAAAAAACACAACAAAAACAUAUUCUCAAGAAUACGCAUCUACCUGAUUCGCAACUAGGCCUCAUUUAUGCUGGUGUCGCGGUAGCCAUAACAAACAUAGUUUCUUAGUUGUUGUUAGUUUUAUUUCUAUUAUUAGUAUAACUACUUAAAGUACUUUAUCAUACCUAUACAUACUAGAAUAUAAAACCCCUAUAAGGGAUAAUUAACAUCAUAUAUUGCUAGUGUUUAAGAAGAAUUUUUUAAUUAUCAUCACUUGAUAUAAAACUCUAUUAAAAUUUUAUUCCUUUUUUUGCAAAUUGUAUGUUAAAAUAUUUUAUAAAAAUACA